AGAUCUAAUCAUCUAAAAUUCUGCAGAAAAGCUUGCUCAUUGCGAUUGGUUUUAUGGAAAUGAGUUCAACUAGAGUACCUGUAACUGAGGACAUUGAGAGAAGGGUGGCUGGAACAGAACCUGAGAUUGAUUCUAGUACUGAAUAUCUGAAUUUGUCUUCAAGUCAAUUCAAUGAAGAUAAUUGUGCAUUUGAAAUCCAAGCACCCUCAGCUAUGUUUAAUGCAGACAUGAAGGAGUUUCUUGGCCACAACGAAUUGAAUGAAUCUCGGCAACUGCUAGAAAACAGUGCAACUGAUCAUGGCCAUGACUGUGAACAACUGUUACUACAGCAGUGGCACUGCUCUCUGUAUGGUAUAACUGAGAAAACCAAGAACAAAGUACAAGACUAUUCAAGUCUGACGUCUUUUAUAGGUCAAUGUGUAAAACAUGAGGUUCCGUAUGAGAUAUCGAGAAAGGAGACCUCAUCAAACGUGUCAUGUGAGCUGAAGCUCUGUCUUUCUGCGGACGAUGAAUCAUUGCUGUUCGAUGAUGAUGUUGAUACUGAACAUGUUGGAGACCUACAAACUUCUUUCCAAGAAGAAAUAUCACAUAACACUUUAUUAAAUCCACAAUCUUGUUCACAAAAAGAAGUUAAAUGUGAGAAUCAAAGUCCAUUGAGUCAAUUAACCAAUUCCAAUUCAAAUUUGAUACUACCUAAGGAAGAAGAUCUGACUAAUUGUUUUGAGAAGGAAUCUCUUAAAUUGCGCGAGAGCCUAACUGAACUUCCCACAAAUCUUAGUGCAUCUAGUGCUUUGGGAGCCCCAUCAUUUAAAUCCAUGAAAGUAUUGUUUGAUAGUCUAGAAAAGAACUACUCUAAUGAUGGCAAUAUUUUGGAAAUACUACCUAAUCUUCAAGGUUGUAAGGAUGUAAUCCAAGAUGAAAAUGAAAAUUACGUUUCUGUUGAGGAUGCCACAGCAAUAGAUUUGAUGCGCCAAUUGAGUGAUAAGAUUGAGAGUGUCAUCUCAGCAGAAGAUGCUGAAACUGAGCACAAAAACGAGUCUUUUGUCGAUGAUUCAUUGCAGGAAUCUUUUCUUGGUUUAUCUCUUAUCGAAGUGGAGGAAGAGUCUCCUCGAAAAAGUCAAGAAAAAUCGUCUGGUCAUGAAGCAACAACUGCUCCAGAUGAAUCCAAUGAGGAGCGAGAUGACGAGUUACGCAGAGUCAACGUCAACGAGUGCAUCGAACAUCAAGAGGAGAAAGUUGCCCAUAAAGAUGCUAACAUUGAAGAGAAUAGCAUGAAAAAUGCAUCAAAAUCGCCAUCUGAAACUGGUUUUUAUGUAGAGGAACAAUUGCCUGUCAGUAUCCACGAUACCAGUAACUGUGUAGAGCCAACCUCUGUCAACCUAAAUCGCGUGAAUGACUUACGGAAGGAAUCAAGUAUGGGACUAGAAGUUCUCUACGACAGUAUGACAUCAUUGGAACCGCGUCUUGAGAAGGAAAAGAAAUUGUCUGCUUUGCAGCAAAAAAGUUAUCCAGAAAGUGGCGUGAAUAGUGAUACUGUAGAGCGUUCAACUGAAUCCAAUGAAAAACCGCUCAACGAUGUUGAAUCGGCAGCCGCAGCGACUGUAAAAGAGCCUUUUGACACGAUGCCAACACCGCCAUGGACAAAAGCUCUUGAGGAUUUUGUACUUGAUGGGGAAAAUGCUGUUAAAUCUUUAUUAUCGAAGUGUUUAAUAUUGGACUCUCAAAGUUCAACCCACAAAAACGUCAACCAGAGUAGACUUAGUAUUCCGGUGGUUAAUAAACUUGACACAAUCUCGAACUCCAAUAAAUCCUCCAAUCUAUUGCCACCAACUCCAAUUACGGAUAAAACUGAAACUUUGGAAAUAAAUUCGAUCGGACCAAAUGGCCAAGGCGAAAGGCCGCCACAAGUUGAUGUUCCCGAAAUUAAAGGCUACAUGUUGCCCUUCGUAAGCUCCGAUCCCUUGGAGAACCGCGAUAACGAGGACCCACGAUGGGACAUCCUUCGUAGCAUCACUUCUGAUGAAGAGAGAGUUAAGAAGAUACGCGAGCUGUGGGGUAACGUGACGACGCCUGACCCCAACACUGACCUCACCCGCCACGCUCGCUGGAUCUUCUAUAAUGCUUGCAUGAGUCGUGAUGGCAAGGUGCGAGGUAUGACCGGCGCCACGAAGCUGUCGGUGCUGCUGGCGCUGCUCAAGCAGAAGCUCUGCACGGGAAGGAAGAGAGCCAGAGACCACGCCAACGAUUGUGACGUCGCCAUGCCGCCUACGAAGCGACAGAGAAUUUCUGCUGUCUCUGACCUCAGCUUCUUGCAGGAAAAGACGCUACAGGUCGAGCGCGUGUUGCAGCACAACUACAACUGCUUCUUACGGAGCGCCGACUCCGCCAUCAAGAAGCGCCGGCUCUCGGAGGACUUAGAUAAGAAGAUCAAACAUGUCAUUUAUGGCUUCUCCGAGAUGGAGAGAAUUCAUCUGUUCUACAGCGGCGUGUCUCGCAAUGAAGACAAUCGGCGGGAGAUCGAGGAGCAGGAGGUUGUCUACAACGCCUUCAAGAAGUACUACAACUGGCAGGGCAACGAGUUCUGUACCAUCAUCAUCUGAACUCUUGCUGCGAGAACCACUUCACUGAUCAUCAGGAACAUACCUACGGAGACGCUAGUGUUGCCAGUAUUAGUAGCGCUAGUUCUGUACCAUCAUCAUCUGAACUCUUGCUGCGAGAACCACUUCACUGGUCAUCAGGAACAUAUCUACGGAGACGCAAGUGUUGCCAGUAUCAGUAGCGCUAGUCGUAAUCACAACGGAAAUCUGACUAAGAGGAUAAAAAGCUCGGCGUUGAAGGCUAACGCGAUGAACAUACUGCGGUAACGAUAGAUUGUGAUCAUGGAAACGAGUUGUGCAUCUGACUAAACCAAAUUACCAUAAGGAAAGUUGUUAUAUUAUAGCUCUAUGGAAAGGAGUACUUUGCUGUAUUGAAACUCUUCGUAUUAUCGAUCUUUCGUUUCAGAGUAGUAGUGGAAUUAUUAUCGUUAUUUUAGCAUAUCAUGGCAACUUGAUGGUUUUUUUAAUUCGACUUGGAGGCGUUCCGGUUCAGUUGAUGAUUUUCAAAACCUUAAUUAAUUGUACUGUGUCGUGUGCCAGGGCCAAUUUCUGUAUAAUGGUAUUCAACAUUCGAUGCAUGAAUGAGUCAUAUUCGUGGAGUUGUAACGAGUGUAACUCGUGCUUCUGUAUUAUAAAUUUGUUUAUCAACUGAUGUAAUGCGAUUAAAUCUAGAUUAUUAAGCUCAUAGUGAUACAUAGAAAUAGUGGAUAAAUGAGUUAAAAUCAUGAAGUUGAUUACUGGGACUGCAUUCGAGUCUACUAGACGAGUUCAGAAAAAUGAAAGAUCUGUGGCGUUAGUGGAAAUGUGAUUCUGAGACAUUAAGGAUUUAUUUAUUAGAUUUUUUUAGUUGUGUGAAAUACAAGUAGGCAUAUUAUGCUCCGUUACAUUCUAAUUAUUUGAACAAGGGCUGAGAAAAUAAGUACUCGCAUAGUAAUGGUUUGAACCUAAGGAAGUGCUUUUUGUGAUUAAAUUAACAUUUUAUUGUCCACUUCAUAACAAUACCUCCGGGCAGGAGUUUGUUCAGCUCGGCCUCCUAUUUCGUUACCGUUGUGAAAGUUGAUGCUGAUUUGAUGCUAGUUGAAUUUGUAUAGAAAUAAAGAAAAAUUAAAUAAUUGUUCUGAAAAGCA